AUGACCUUUCUCUUCGACUCGAAGCAUACCCCCGGUAUCGAUAACAGCAACAUCGCCGUAAGGAGUAUGGCUUACUCCUGGCACACCGCCAAGGUUACCCUUCUAAGCAACUAUGUCAACUUUCUCCUGGUCAUGGUGCCUCUUGGCAUCAUUGCUGGCAAGCUAGGCUGGAGUUCAACUGCUGUUUUCACCAUCAACUUCUUCGCUAUCAUCCCUCUCGCCGCUGUCCUAUCUUUUGCAACCGAAGAGAUCUCGAUGAAGCUUGGCGAAACCCUUGGUGGACUCCUAAAUGCUACUUUUGGAAACGCCGUGGAAUUGAUUGUGAGCAUUGUUGCUCUCCAGCGAAACGAAAUCGAGCUUGUCCAGGCCUCAAUGCUUGGCAGCAUUCUUUCUAACCUUCUUUUGGUUAUGGGAAUGUGUUUCCUGUUUGGCGGUAUUAUCCAUCGAGGCGAGUCGGGUAAUGGACGAGAGCAGGUCUUUUCUUCAGCCACUGCCCAGACAACUUGCUCUCUCAUGACAUUGUCUUCUGCUUCGCUCGUCAUCCCGGCAGCUCUCUACGCCGUCCUCGACCAGAGUGGUUCUGAUGAGAAGGUUCAAAGCAUCCUCACACUCUCACGUGGUACUGCCAUCAUUCUUCUCUUGCUCUACGUCCUUUACCUCGUUUUCCAACUCCGAACGCACAGCAACCUUUUCGACACCGAGAACCAGAACGAGGAUGACGAGGAGGGUGAGUGUGAGGAGCCCACUCUGGGACCCCUUGCCGCUAUCGCCGUCUUGGUCGUCACCACCGUCCUCAUUACUCUCUGCGCCGGUUAUCUUGUUGAUAGCAUUAAUGACCUUGUCACGACUUCAGGAAUUAGCCGAGAUUUCAUUGGUCUGAUCUUGAUUCCUAUUGUUGGCAAUGCCGCAGAGCACGUCACCGCCGUUGUUGUUGCGCUCCGUAACAAGAUGGACCUCGCCAUGGGUGUUGCAGUUGGCUCUUCUAUCCAGAUUGCCCUCCUGGUUGCUCCCUUCCUUGUCAUUUUUGGCUGGAUCAUUGGUGCUGAGAUGACUCUUCACUUUGAAACAUUCCAAACUGUCGCCUUCGCAGUAUCUGUCCUCGUCGUCACAUACACCAUUCAGGACGGCAAGUCCAACUAUCUCGAGGGUGCUAUGCUUAUGGGUCUUUACAUUAUCAUCGCCUUGGCCUUCUAUGCCACUCCUUCUGAUAUUAUGGACGCCGGCAAAUAA